AUGAAGAUUACAGAUGGGAAAACUUUCGUUGUGUAUGUUGGAAUAACUAUCUGGUUACAUGUGUCUUUCGAGGUAGAGAAAAGCAAUGCAUUGAUACUUAGGCACAAGAUUCCUAAUCAAACAAAAUGGUACAAGACGCGGUAUUGUUUACGGAAUCGAAAUUGUGAGGAUGAUCAAAUAUGUGGGUUGGGAAUAUGUAUCAAUCCGUGUUUAUACAAAAAAUAUUGCAAUAAUGAAGUUUUCCAAGUAAGUAAUCAUAAAACUCGUUGUCAAAACGUUCUACUUAUGACAACCAUAUCUACAACAAAUAAUGUAAUGUCGACCACAACUUCAACGGAAUCAAAAACUACUACAAACGGAAAAAUUGAUUCAACUCCUGCGAUUCUGUCAAGAGUAGGAGCUCCGGUUAUUCCUACGACACCGAAAAUUCUUGAUUUGUCAAAUGAAGGAACUAGGCAAUCUACUCCUGCCAUACUGUCAAGAGUAGGAGCUCCGGUUAUUCCUACGACACCGAAAAUUUCUCUUGAUUUCUCAAAUGAAGGAACUAGGCAAUCUACUCCUAAGAUUCCGUCGACAGUAGGAGCUCCGGCUACUCCUAGGAGACCUGAAAUUCUUUCGGAAUUCUUUCCUCCUGUAGCACCACUUGUUACUUCGACGCCACGAUUCCCUCCUGUCCCACGACUCCCAAUUAUUCCUGGUCUUUCUAGUCCUUCUCCUGUAGCAAUGCCUGUUUUUUCGACGACACGAUACCCUUCUCUACCAGGUCCAAGUACUCCUGAUCAUAGUAGACCUGUUGUAGCACCACUCGUUCAUAUGAGGUCAGGAUUCCCUCCUGUCUCACACCCAAUUAUUCUUGGUUCUUCUACUCCUUCUCCUAUAGCAAUACCUGUUUCUUCAAUGCUACGAUCUCCUUCUCUACGACCUCCAAGUAUUCCUGGUCUUCCUAGUCCUCCUCCUGUAGCAAUGCCUGUUUUUUCGACGACACGAUACCCUUCUCUACCAGGUCCAAGUACUCCUGAUCAUAGUAGACCUGUUGCACCACCACUCGUUCAUAUGAGGACAGGAUUCCCUCUACGACCUCCAAGUAUUCCUGGUCUUCCUAGUCCUCCUCCUGUAGCAAUGCCUGUUUUUUCGACGACACGAUACCCUUCUCUACCAGGUCCAAGUACUCCUGAUCAUAGUAGACCUGUUGUAGCACCACUCGUUCAUAUGAGGUCAGGAUUCCCUCCUGUCUCACACCCAAUUAUUCUUGGUUCUUCUACUCCUUCUCCUAUAGCAAUACCUGUUUCUUCAAUGCUACGAUCUCCUUCUCUACGACCUCCAAGUAUUCCUGGUCUUCCUAGUCCUCCUCCUGUAGCAAUGCCUGUUUUUUCGACGACACGAUACCCUUCUCUACCAGGUCCAAGUACUCCUGAUCAUAGUAGACCUGUUGUAGCACCACUCGUUCAUAUGAGGUCAGGAUUCCCUCCUGUCUCACACCCAAUUAUUCUUGGUUCUUCUACUCCUUCUCCUAUAGCAAUACCUGUUUCUUCAAUGCUACGAUCUCCUUCUCUACGACCUCCAAGUAUUCCUGGUCUUCCUAGUCCUCCUCCUGUAGCAAUGCCUGUUUUUUCGACGACACGAUACCCUUCUCUACCAGGUCCAAGUACUCCUGAUCAUAGUAGACCUGUUGUAGCACCACUCGUUCAUAUGAGGUCAGGAUUCCCUCCUGUCUCACACCCAAUUAUUCUUGGUUCUUCUACUCCUUCUCCUAUAGCAAUACCUGUUUCUUCAAUGCUACGAUCUCCUUCUCUACGACCUCCAAGUAUUCCUGGUCUUCCUAGUCCUCCUCCUGUAGCAAUGCCUGUUUUUUCGACGACACGAUACCCUUCUCUACCAGGUCCAAGUACUCCUGAUCAUAGUAGACCUGUUGUAGCACCACUCGUUCAUAUGAGGUCAGGAUUCCCUCCUGUCUCACACCCAAUUAUUCUUGGUUCUUCUACUCCUUCUCCUAUAGCAAUACCUGUUUCUUCAAUGCUACGAUCUCCUUCUCUACGACCUCCAAGUAUUCCUGGUCUUCCUAGUCCUCCUCCUGUAGCAAUGCCUGUUUUUUCGACGACACGAUACCCUUCUCUACCAGGUCCAAGUACUCCUGAUCAUAGUAGACCUGUUGUAGCACCACUCGUUCAUAUGAGGUCAGGAUUCCCUCCUGUCUCACACCCAAUUAUUCUUGGUUCUUCUACUCCUUCUCCUAUAGCAAUACCUGUUUCUUCAAUGCUACGAUCUCCUUCUCUACGACCUCCAAGUAUUCCUGGUCUUCCUAGUCCUCCUCCUGUAGCAAUGCCUGUUUUUUCGACGACACGAUACCCUUCUCUACCAGGUCCAAGUACUCCUGAUCAUAGUAGACCUGUUGUAGCACCACUCGUUCAUAUGAGGUCAGGAUUCCCUCCUGUCUCACACCCAAUUAUUCUUGGUUCUUCUACUCCUUCUCCUAUAGCAAUACCUGUUUCUUCAAUGCUACGAUCUCCUUCUCUACGACCUCCAAGUAUUCCUGGUCUUCCUAGUCCUUCUCCUGUAGCAAUGCCUGUUUUUUCGACGACACGAUACCCUUUUAUUACCACUCCCGCCUUUUGA